AUGUCUCGAGCAUCAAAGCUCACCCUACUGGGUACAUCGCUCCUCACAGUCACCACAGUCGUCGCCGUACACUUCCAGCAAAAGUUCGAACAAGCCGCCAUGCACGAGGGCGUCGUUCGAGAUAUGGAACAGCAACGAAUCAAGCGAGAAAGACAACUUGACUUUGACUUGCAAAAACAACUCGAGGCAGAAUACAAGCGCGAGCAAACAGUGCACGACUCGAUAGCAGCGGCGGAGAAAGAUCUACCGAAUCGAUAA